AUGCCAGCUCGAAAACUCCCUGUCACUUGCACCGGCUGUGGAGCGUUCACGCAAACGACGGACCCUGAGCAACUUGGCUAUUACGAUCGGGAGAGCAGGAGGGUCCGACAUUGGAUGAAACCCAAGCUGCCGGACAGGCGAGAUGAGACGGUGAAAGAGGACGAGAUUGUGAACGAGGCACUUAAAUCGCUGGAUCCGACUUUGCUUGAAGACCUUGGCUUGAACCCAACUGCAUUGGUUGCAGGCGAAGCGGUACGGGAAAUUGCUGCGGCCGAACUGGCUGUCGAGAAAGCUCCGGUAUGCGAUCGAUGCCACGGCUUGAUACACCAUAGCACAACCAGUGGAUCGGCCAAGGUCCCGAUGUUCCACCCAACCGUCGAGUCCCUGCGCGAGACGAUCGAGGAAUCACCUUACAAGUACAAUCACAUCUACCACGUAAUCGAUGCCGCCGACUUUCCAAUGUCCUUGAUUCCUAGGCUGAACGUGCUGCUGGGAGACAUUCCGCUUCGAACGCGCAAUCGUCGAUCGAGGUCGUCCAGGUAUCAGAAGGAUCGCAAGACCGAGAUGAGUUUCAUCGUCACGAGGAGUGACCUGCUGGCACCGACCAAGGAAAUGGUGGACGGCAUGAUGCCGUACUUGAGAGAGGUGCUACGUGAUGCCCUCGGCAGGCUCGGCGGCCGGGUGCGUCUUGGUAACCUCAGCUGCGUCAGCGCAAAGAGAGCUUGGUGGACCAAGUCCAUGAAGGAAGAUAUAUGGAAAAGGGGCGGCGCCGGGUGGAUGGUUGGCAAGGUCAACGUUGGCAAAAGUCAGCUGUUUGAAGCCGUCUAUCCAAAGGGAAGAAUGACGGAAGGGGGCCAUGCAACCAACAUAACUGUCUCGUCGUAUCCCCGAGAGGCCGUCAGUGUUGGAUCCGUGGUCGGCGGCGAGACGAAAUCAUCGGAGGAGCCAUGGGAGGACUUGGAUGUCGGCGAGAUGCUUCCACCUCCCCAGCCGGCGCAAAACUAUCCGGAGAUGCCGGUUGUCUCGGCCCUACCCGGAACGACGGCCUCGCCCAUCCGGAUUCCAUUCGGUGACGGAAAAGGAGAGCUGAUCGACUUGCCUGGACUAGCGCGCAGCGAUCUCGAGCUGUUCGUCGAGGAGGAGCACAGACACUCGUUGAUUAUGAAGAAGCGGAUCGUGCCUGAGCAGAUCUCUGCCAAGCUCGGGAAGUCGCUGAUACUAGGGGGUGGACUGGUGCGAAUCACGCCGCGCACGCCCAACAUGGUCUUUCUCAUGUACAACUUCACACCGAUGGACGAGCACUUGGCGAGCACGGAGAAAGCGGCCGAGUUCCAGCAGCAGACAAGGCAGUCGCUGGGGGUGCGGAGCAUUUUGCUCCCGGGAAUUGGAGACAGGAUGAAGCGUGCUGGGACGUUCAAGCUGUGCCACGACGUGACCAAGAAGCGAGCAGGCCCGCUGACACGAAAAAAUGCGGUUGGACUCGACGUCGAACGGCUGCCAUUUCGCGUCGUCUCUGUCGACAUUCUGGUGGAGGGUGUCGGAUACGUCGAGGUUGUUGCGCAGGUUCGGGCUGCCGACUACAAUCGCUGGGCACGCAUGCAGCGCGAAGCCGAUAGGAGGCUCGACGAGAGAGGGGGGGGAGAAGGGGGAGAGCAUCCUUCGGAAGGCCGGGAUUCCUUGGCGGCACCCGAUGACCCGUUCAGUGAGCUGAUGAGCAAGAGGAAGGGCAUGGGCAUCGAGACCAGCCAGCCGGCAUCUCUGCCUCCGCCCGCGCCACAGCCAGACUGGCCUGCCGUCGACGUGUAUACUCCCGAAGGCCGAUUUGUGGCAUCGCGUCGGCCGAUAAACGGAUGGCUGAAUAACAAACCACGAGUACUGGCGGAGCACAAGAAGAGCCGUCCACGGCGGAGCAUGAAAGGGCGAAAGAAGAUGGAGAAGCAGGCGAACAGGACGACCGGGGCAACAGAUGGCGUUGCGUGA